CAUGUCCAUUCAGCUGUCCCCAGUGCCUACAUGCAUGUGUGCUCUUUCGGGACAUUUACAUGGCGCCCAGAGACGUUAGAAUUCUUCCGCUGGGUACCUAGUAACAAAUAUCAUGAACAGUAGUCUUUUAAUUUUCAGUUGACUUCAGAUUUCCAUUUAGCCCGCAAGAGGAAUGUCGAUAUUGUGCAAGGAGGGUGUAGAGUGGGCGCAAUUGGUGUGCACCACGGACCUGGACGCGCCUACUCUGCCCAUUUGUGGAGAGAAAGUCACCAUAGGAAGAGCUCAAGGUUGCAAUCUCAGUUUGCCAGAGAACAAAUUGAUAUCAGGCCAGCAUUGUGUCUUGACAAGGAACGAAGAUGGCUUGGUAUUACUGAAAGACACUAGUACCAAUGGAACAUUAAUCUCUACAUCAAGCAGAAAGGUGAGAGUAACGAAGGGCAAUAUUCAGAGACUCCAGCAUGGUGAUGAAAUCUUUCUGGUCUUCAAAAAAGAUGACCCAACUAAAAAUGUGGCUUAUAUGUUUCAAGACCUCAGUCAACUCCUUGAUGAAACCCAAGUGAAUGAUGACCCAGAAAGUGAUGAAGAGUGUACACAAGAGUAUGACGUGAAAAUGACAGCAAGCACACCCACAAAGCGAGCGGUCUGUGAAGUGGAUUCCUCAGCAGAGAUUGAAGAAGAACAAGCCAAGAAACCUAAAAUUGACAUCACCAGCCAAGAAGAGCAGUUGGAUCAGCCCUCUCAGCCUCGAGAACAACCAAGAGUUGAUCUGUCUUUAGCAGACAGUCUGCCACAGACUUCUGAUUCUACUGGUGUGGAUGUGACAUCAGAGGGUGUUGCUGACACUGACUCUGCUAAACAACAGGCUGUUGCUCCCACUGGAACAGAAACAGCCAACGAGACUCCAGUAAUCACCCCUUCUGCUAAUGACAAAACAACUGACAGUUCAGUAGCUGCCGUUGAUUCUCCAGCAGGUGUGACACCUGAGGGAGGAGAUGUCCAGGGUUCUGCUGGGGAAGCAAUGGCUGAUAAUCUCAUAUGCAGUAUAUGCCAAGAUAUCUUUCAUGAUUGUAUAAGUCUGCAACCCUGUUUGCAUUCAUUCUGUGCAGCGUGUUACUCCUCGUGGAUGGAUUUAUCAAAAGAAUGCCCGUCCUGUCGAGUUAAAGUAGAGAGAAUAAGUCGUAACUUCAUUGUCAAUGGCCUUGUGGAAGCAUUUGUCAAGGAGCACCCAGAUCGGAAAAGAAGUGAUGACGAAAAAGCUGAAAUGGAUGCCAAGAACAAGAUUACAAGAGACAUGAUGGUUCUGUCUAAGAAACGUCGAGUCCGGGACUACGAUGAUGGUUAUUCUGAAGAAGAUGAGGAUGAUGAAGAUUAUGAUGAUGAUGAAGAUUAUAAUGAUGAUGGUGGCAGGAAUCAUGGGGAGAUAGUGUUCAAUAUCAUGCCCCCACUUGGAGGCAUGUUCGGCAUUGGUGCACCUCAAGUAAACCUUUUUCCUGGCCGUCCAGCUUCUAUUUGUAUACAAUGCCCAGGCUACCUGGGACCAGGACCUAAUGCAGGCAUAACCAUACAUCCUCCUCUUCCAACAACAUCAGCUACUUCAACAACAGCGACGGUGUCGUCAACAAGCACAGCCACUUCUGGGGAAGCAUCAACAUCUGCAGUAGCUAGCACCAGUACGUCAGCUCAGCCAGCUGCAGCGGCUAGCACCAGCACAUCAGCUCAGCCAGCUGCAUCGGCUAGCACCAGUACAUCGGCUCAGCCAGCUGCAUCGGCUAGCACCAGUACAUCGGCUCAGCCAGGUGCAUCGGCUAGCACCAGUACAUCGGCUCAGCCAGGUGCAUCGGCUAGCACCAGUACAUCGGCUCAGCCACAGCCACUAACAAGGAACUGUAGAGGCUAUAAGCAAACCAGUACAGCUGAGAUGGUACCAAUGCCAGAAGUUCCACAGUUUGUGUGUCCUGAUGGAGGCAAUCAUUUAAUGUGUGGAUGUUGCCGACGACAAAUGCCGGAUAGAAGGCAGGAAUUCUUUGCCAACCCUCAGAGCCUACCCUCACAGAAGUGUGAUGUUUGUGGGAAUUUCUUCUGUCAUAUGUACUGGGGAUGUAACAGGAUUGACUGCAAUGGAUGCCUCAACAAAUUUCAAGAUUUACAUUUUGGAAAAAAGUGCCUUGACAGUCUUAUUCUCAAAAAUUCCUAUGAAUCAGAAAUAUUGAAGGAUUACUUGCAAAGAAAGAAUUUAACAUGGAAAGACGUAUUAGCUUCGUGUAUGACCAAGUUAGAUGCUGGGGAGUACAUCUGUCUAGAUGGAGCCAUCAACAGAAUAUCCUCAGCCAACAUACUGUGCUAUCAUUGUGGCUUAAGAAAUUUCCAAGAACUUGCUUACCAGUAUAGGAGAGAUAUUCCAAGGAUUGAUUUGCCUCUUCAAAUUGUUUCAAGACCUGACUGCCACUGGGGAAAUAAGUGUCGUACACAGAUCAGUAAACUUCACCAUGCAAAGAAUUUCAACCACAUCUGUGAGCAAACUAGAUUCUGAAUGAAAACAAGAGCCGAGUUCAUUGCUAUCUCUUGCCUUCAGCCAGCCAACAAACCACUGCAUUCAUGGUAUGGUCUGCAAAUCACUACUGGUUUCAGAGUGGUUUGGGUAUCAUUGAUUAGCCCCAUAACCUGUCAUGAUUCAUUACCCUUCCUCCAUGGUUUUCCUCGUCUGAUGUUCUGUUCUGUCACCAUCGCACAGUGGUUGUAAUUUCAUUUUCCAACGAAGAACAGUCUCCAUCACCCAACCACAUGACCCUGUUACUACUCUCCACAAAGUAACUGUGUGAACUUACAAUAUACUAAGUUCGUUCUUAUGAUAAUUUUAAACCGAACACAGCAUUGUGUGAUAUGACAUAAAAUAAGGGUAAUUUCCACAUCGCAUCCUCAUGCGAAGAUCACUUGUACAUCGACUGUUACUUACCAACUUUUUGACACAUUCUAUUUUUCAUCCUAAUGUGAUAAUGGUAAAUACACCUUCUUCCAUGCUCGUUAUUAUUUUGUUUAUACAUGUAAAAGAGUAAUUGAUUUGCUGCUCAUGUCAUUUUGUUGUGCAUAUACCUUGGCAUAGGCUCUGUGGAGAUGCAGCAGUUCCUAAAUGACGUAAAUUAUCAUGCUCUAACAUCCAUGAUGGUAUCUGCUCUGAGCGGAACAAAAAAGGGUGUUUUUUCCGGUACUCACUGCAUAGAUGCGCAAUGAGGCGUGCAGGUAUAUGUGCGUUUGAUGCGGAGCGCGCUGAUUACACGUAACCAUUUUUUUCCGGAAUGUAUGGUCUUUGUGUACAGGCAGAAUGCAUGCAAGACCCACUUAUAACCACCUGUCUUUCUUUCACCGUUUGGGGGUGCACUUCAGCUCUGGGCGGAUAUUUGCCAGGUCCCUUAUUUCGCCACUUCCUGUGAAAACCAGUGAGAUAUAACAAAAAGUGGCAGUAAUAAGGAUUUGGCGACUAUACCAUCGUGGACGUUAGCCGUCAUCAAGAGACUGAUGUACCGUAGUUUUUCAUGGAAAUCCAUUCUUCCAAUCCACUGUACCUUUUGAAUAUGAAAUCACAUUUACCGUUUUUUGGUACUUUCCAUUUUCACAGCAGUAUAUAUAUUGGUCACAUUUGCAGUCAGUCUCAAUUAAAUACUCCUAGGAUUCCUUUCCUCAAUGAUUGAUAACAUUCAGACUAUGUUUGGAUGACACUUUUUAAAAAUACCUAUAAAAUAACUUUCCAUUUUGAUUGGAAUGGUAGCAGUGAAAGUUAUGAGGUUCAUGUUUUCAUAGUAAACUUGACCAGACUCAUCAGAGACUCCAAACCUCUUCGAUGAUCACUAAUGUUUUUCAAAAACCAUGCCAUUAGCUGUGCACAGUCUCAAGUUCUGAUGCCCAUGGUCUGAUUGUAUGAAGUCUUACUUAUGCCUUUUAGCCGAACUGUCCUUAUUCACAACAAUUUACAACCUGAGUUGGUAAGGUUGUGAAAAGCUGCACAAUCAGCUCAGAUUUAUGUAAAUAGUUUCAUUUCUGUUUAAUGAGACGCUGAGGGUUGGUUGUUAGUUCAGUCAGAGUUUAGCCAUGAGCAUCUCGAUGAUUGCAAGAAAUGUCAAUAUCAAUCUCAGCUGAUUUCCUGUAAUCAAUGUAGCCAAAUCUUAAGUUGGUGUGUCUUCCGUAUAUAAAUGUAUCAUUAUUUCUUUUAUCUUCUGGUUAAAAAGGCUCUGUACUCUGUGAGUUGGGACUUCUCACAUGCUCUCUUUCAAAAGGCUCAAUGUUACUCUUUUGGAAUAUGCAGGACUUCUCACAUCCUCUUUGUCAAAUUCUACUUUGUGUGAGUUGGCAUGACUUUUCAUAUCCUCUGUUAGAAAUGCUACAAAGGCAUAACUUCUCACAUACUCUCUUUCAAAUGGCUCAGUGCUACUCUCUGUGAGUACGCAUGACUUUUCACAUCCUCUUUGUCAAAUGCUAGUCUUUCUGAGUUGGCAUGACUUCUCACAUCCUCUGUCAAGUUCUACUCUUUGUUAAUUGGCAUACAUUCUAACAUUCUGUUACAAAUGACUCAGUGCUACUCUGUGAGUAGGCAUGACUUCUCACAGCCUCUUUGUCAAAUUCUACUCUGUGUGAGCAGUCAUGACUUCUCACAUCCUCUUUAUCAAAUGCUACUCUUUGUGAGUGGGCAUUACUUCUCACAAACUCUGUUUCAAAAGGCUUAGCGCUACCCUGUGAUUAGGCAUGACCUCUCACAUCUGUAAAAUUCUACUCUCUGUGAGUGGGCAGGACCUCUCACAGCCUCUUUGUCAAAUUCUACACUGAGUAGUCACGACUUCUCACAUCCUCUUUGUAAAAUGUUACUCUUUGUAAGUGGGCAUAAUUUCUCACAAACUCUGUUUCAAAAGGCUUAGUGCUACCCUGUGAUUAGGCAUGACUUCUCACAUCCUCUGUCAUAUUCUACUCUCUGCAAGUGGGCAGGCCCUUUCACAUCUCAGUUUCAAAAGCUAAUCUUUCUGAGUAGGCACCUCUUCUCACAUCCUCUGUCAAAUUCUACUCUUUGUGAGUUGGCAUAACUUCUCACAUUCUCCGUGUCAAAUUCUACUCUGUAUGAGUUGGCAGAACUUCUUACAUCCUCUGUCAAAUUCUAAUUUGUGUGAGUGAGCAGGACUUCUCACAUCCUAUGUCAAAUUCUAAUCUGUGUGAGUGGGCAUGACUUCUCACAUUCUCUGUGUGAAAUUCAACUCUGUGAGUAGGCAUGACUUCUCACAUCCUCUGUUUCAAAUGCUACUCUUUGUGAGUUGGCAUUACUUCUCACAUACUCUGUUUCAAAUGGAUCAGUGCUACUCUGAGUAGGUAUGACUUUUCAAUUCCUCUUUGUCAAAUUCUACUCUGUGUGAGUGGGUAGGACUUCUCACAUCCUCUGUUUCAAAUGCUACUCUUUGUGAGUAGGCAUAACUUCUCGCAUUCUCCUUGUCAAAUUCUACUCUGUGUCAGUGGGCAGAACUUCUUACAUCCUCUGUCAAAUUCUAAUUUGUGUGAGUGAGCAGAACUUCUCACAUCCUAUGUCGAAUUCUAAUCUGUGUGAGUGGGCAUGACUUCUCACAUUCUCUGUGUGAAAUUCAACUCUGUGAGUAGGCAUGACUUCUCACAUCCUCUUUGUCAAAUGCUACUCUUUGUGAAUUGGCAUUACUUCUCACAUACUCUGUUUCAAAUGGAUCAGUGCUACUCUGAGUAGGCUUGACUUUUCAAUUCCUCUUUGUCAAAUUCUUCUCUGUGUGAGUGGGUAGGACUUCUCACAUCCUCUGUUUCAAAUGCUACUCUCUGUGAGUAGGCAUAACUUCUCACAUACUCUGUUUCAAAAGUCUCAAUGCUACUCUGAAUAGGAAUGACUUCUCACAUACUUCGUUACAAAUGGAUCAAUGCUACUCUUUGUGAGUACGCAGGACUUCUCACAUUCUCCUUGUCAAAUUCUACUCUGUGUGAGUGCGCAGGACUUCUCUGUUUCAAAUGGUACUCUGUAUGAAUAUAGGCAAGGCUUCUCUUGUCCAAGUCCUCUGGUUCAAAUGGUUCAAUGCCACACCGUGUGAGUAGGCAUGCUUUCAGGUUGUAAUCACAAAGAUUAUGCCGUUAUGCAUGCCAAAGAAAUCUUUCUGUGAGAUGUUUCGUUUUCAUCGAGACCAUCUACUUGUCUCGUGUAUUUUUUAAGGAGAUCUUGAUCACUAACCAGCCAAUGGGAGGUUAAAUUCUGUGAUAUUUACAAGCUGCUCUGAGCGGCUUGCUGGCAGAAGUAGUCGUUUUUUCAAGCUGCUGCAAGUGGCGCACCGUAGUGAAAGAAUUCAUUGGUCCAGCACAUUCUCGAAACUCCUUUUUUCCUGAAAUGAUGCAUUUAAGAAAUUUGCAUGAAUUUAUAAAUCCGAUUGAAGAUUGUUGAUUUUGCUUUAUUUAUGAAACAGCAACAUCUUUAAAACAUAGGCAUAUAGAUGCAGUGUAUAUUUUUUUAAAUACCUGUUAGUGCAUUCUCUUUAUCUCCCACUGUAUGAACCCUGUGUUUAUUCCAAGAAUGAUCAUCAUGUCCCGUCAGCAGUAAACAUUGCACCAUGUUUAAACCUUUAAAUCCAAAUCAACAAACAGAUAACAUUGUAAACCUUGAGACUUAAACAUAUGCAAGUGAAUGAAAUCUGUUAUUUUCUGGAGGCCCUCAAGCAGUUCACCAUCGAGCAAACAAAGAAUUAAGUGGUUGCAGUUUUUCUCUCAUCAAUUAAAGCAAGCAUUUGGCAUCAUCAUGGAAUGCUCGCUCCUAACACAUGACUGAUUUUAUUUAUUUACUUUAUUCUGAAAGAAGGGUUCAAUUUAUUCCCCAAAAUACUGUGGCUUAUUCUUCAGACUUACUCAACUCUUUGUGAGAUGACAGAGAAGAACGUUGCAUGAGUUGUGGGCAGCAAUACAAUCAGACUACCAGCCUGCAGAAAUCAAAAUAGAAAGACCUACAACCCUGCUAAUGUUUGUAUUCACAUUCCCCAGAUUACAACCUCUAAGUCAUCAAUAAUGUGUUCCAUCCACUUGCUCAUGCAAUACCUCCAGUUUCUGUUAAAUCACAAGAAAUACUGUUCACAUGGCUAACAGCACAUGCGAAAUUCCAAAACGCAAAUCAAUAACACCUACUAAAGAUAUCACAUUUUGAUUUACAUCUUAUCGUGAAUAGAGCAAGAAGUUUAAAACACACAAUAACUAUUUGUCUCAAAAUGGAACAAAUUGCCCAGCACCAAAACUUCUGAGUCCAUCGUACACAAUAUACUGAAAUGCAAUCUCUCGAAGACUACAGCACCUCUAAUUUGGAGAUUUUUUUACGGGAAUCAUGCCUCAAAUUUCCGAAAAUGUUAUUCAGAAAAUAUCCAGAUACAUUUUAUCUUUAUUGCGUAGAUAAGCGUUGUCUUUAGCAUAUAAAAUGUCCUUCAGCAUUCAGUAUAAGACGAUAAAUGUUUGUUUGGAGACUGUCCUGCAUCCACAGAGCUUAUGAUAUAAGCGUCUUAGCCAUAAUGCUUGUAUCUCGAGAAAUGUUAAAGACUAGCAAAAGGUUUUCCAUGACCGCUGUUAAAGUUUUCCAGCCAUGGAUAUUGUGAGCUUAAUGUCUUAGCAUAGUAAGUUAAUUCUAUCAUUAACAUCGUUAGAUACAAGGAGGUCUGAAGGAGAGUCAGAUGAAUAAUCUUGAAUGUACUUGCCACACGAGGGCAGGUUAUAUUCUGCAAUCGAUGUAAAAUGUGCAAACUUUUCUCUCUUUUCCAUUUUUAUAGAUGACAUUAUGAAUUCAGUAUUUGCAGCGUGAAGUUGUUUGCUGUUGCUGUCUCUUUACUGGGAUGAUCUUUUGUGUACAAUGACAUCUGCUUCUUGCUAGUUUAUCACAUUGAUCACUGUCCCGUUUUAACAUAUUUGAUUGUCAGUCACAGCCAUGAAGUGACAUCUUAGAAUUGGCUAAAUCUGGUUUGUCACGUUUUUUGUGGUGAAAAGUUUAUCCUCUUCCAUAGCUCAUUUCAAAGAGAUUUCGCGGAAUUUAAAGAAAUAUGACACUGUUGAAUAUAAACGUGUUUUAGCUAUGAUUUGGUUUUGUACGUACAUACAUGAGUGCCAAACAUCCUUGAAUUCUUGAUGUCGUGAUGAGGGUUAGUUAUAGUGCAGUUGAAAUCAACACAUUAUGAGUAGUUCUUGUUUGUUGCUGGGAUCACAAAGAAUCUAGAUGUUGUUCCUCUCCUCCUGUGAGGACUUUUUCCAGGAUUUCAUAAGGCUCUGGCCAUCAGGGCUCUUGGAAAGUAAAAGUCUUCAUGUAAACCGAUAAGUAAGUUUGUUGUUUGUUUGACUCGAACCCACGACCUCCUGCGGACUAGUGCAGACGUCUUAACCAUUGGACCACCGAGCUUGCCGGUGUCGGCUGGCUGGUUGGAAUCAGAUGAAGCAGCGGGUAAAACCGCUGGAAAACUAUUUCAAAGAUGGAUUUGCGCCGGGGAGAUGGAAUUUGGAUUGAUUUUGGAUUUUUUUUCCCCGCUCUGCCCGAAAUAUGCACGUCGGCGGGGAAAAAAAUCCAAAAUUAAUACCUGUGACUCCCCAGAACAAUCCAACCCAAGAUAAAAAGAAGAUAAACAACAAGAAAGCGAUCAUAGCAACUGAACUGUGGAAUCUAAGUCCAUCGUACGCUUUGUAAAGUUCACCUGCAUCUGUCACAGAGGUUUGGUCGGCUUGAAACACAUUGCCCGUUACACCGAGAAGAAAGAACUGCUGAUAAUUGAUCAACAAACUGAAUUCCAGUGCUUGCAUCAGUAGGCUAAAUAGAUUUGGUCUGACAUUAUACUGGGGCCAUUCUAGUACACUUGAGUAGCCUCCUUUGAGAAAGCCAUGAAAUUUCUACCUUUAGAGUUGACGAUUGGAGUGAACCUGUGCAUAGCCGAAUAAGAAUGAGAGUGAUGCUGUUUAUGCUUCCUCUGUAAACUAAGUACAGUCACUAUCCCAUAUUUUUUUACAUGUUUACUACACAGUAAUGGCAUUUCCUACAGCCCUUUUUAGGUGGCUUGGUCACAGAGCAAGAAAACACUUCAACACUGUUGGCAUUCUCAAUUGAUUUUCAAAAUAUCAUCUUCAGCAGUUUCAGAUUUCAAAAGUCUUUUGCAUGGAAGAUUAGCUUUUAGGCAUUGACCUUUAAGCACCUUCCUACGUAGCAGCCGCAGCAUUGCACACUAUACCUUGAGCAGGUGGUUGGGUCAUUCAGACAAUUCUCUACCUUCCAACCAUAAUGAGCGGUAGAUGGUGUAUCUGUCGCUGCAAGUCCUUCUUGUGGACUGCAGCUAUCUUUGCAGCAUCUUUGCGUCUUUACAGGAGGCCGUGCUCUGUUAAUGAUAAUAAACAAAAGUCUUUGGUCUCACAUAUUAAUAUUCCUAUAUCUUUUGUCCCACAACAAAAUCCUUAACCAGUCUUGGAACUUGGGUUGGCAUUGGAGGAGUUCGUAGGCACCAUACUUUCCAAAGAACACAGUGGCUGAAUCACUUUUUCAGUGAUAAAAAUGCUUCACUGCGUCUGCGACCAGGAAAUAAAGGCAUUUCAAGCACUUGUCAGUUUCUAUAUGUCCUGAAUGGCAGCAUCUUCUGCCCAGAUAUCAUACAACUGACCUGUUUUGGUGAUCCUUCAUAUCUAGUACCAUAUCUGCCGAUGCCUUGAUGAAGAAAUGUACCUGUAUUGUUAUAAACCAAGGGACAAUAUCACAUUACAAAGAAGCUUUGUACAUAGUUCAUAAACAUCGUGAGGAUGUAGCAUUGAAAUGGAUCUGUUCCAGUGUACUUAGCCCUGUAUGGUUGUUCUGCACCCGUGUGUCAUACAUCACUCUUUUCAAGUAAAUUAGAUGGGUUUGUGGUAGCACCAUGGAUAUAUCUCUUUAUUGGCAGCACACCGUCGGUGCUACCGCAAAUCUCUCAAGUUUACUUGCUCCCUCCAUCAUGAAAAGCUUCAAAUGUCAUCUUUGUCUUCUUCGUCACCUUUCUCACUCUACGACAGACUAUAACAGGGAUCGUGUUGUUCUGUGUCACAAGGGACGUGAAAACAAUUCUCCAUUAAUGGGAAUUGCAAAGUCUACUUUCUUAUGCCUUGCCCUUCUCUGCCCUUUCCUUGGGCCAGCCUUGAAGUGAGGCCGUAACAUUUCCAAAGACUUCUGAAUUCCUGAAGGAAAACCAUGACCACCACUUGGGACUGCCUUAUCAGAAUUGUUUUUGAAUCAGAUGUAGCACUUUGAUCUGAAGGAAGAGGUUUAGAUCAAAGAAGUGCGCAUUUUAUUUCAAAUUUUGAUAUUCAGGUAUCAAAUUUUGAAUUUUCGGUGUUUGCUUUAAAGGGCGUGUGUAGGAUUUACCAGAUCUCAAAAACGCGACUGUCGAGUUAUCUUGAAACUUCUUACUGUAAGUAAGUACAUAAUAGUGUCAGACAAUCUGCAAAAUUUUACCGCCAGAAAUGCUGUCAAGUACAAUUCAUUCAAAUUUUGCAACCGUUAACAGGCGCAGCAAAAACGUGUGUAAAGCAUUGAGCUGUUAGAAGAGUUAAUGAACGCCAAUACGCCUUCGCUAAGCCUAAACUCAUGAUUUAAUAAAAACAUAAAAAUAACUAACAUGCAAAAGGAGAAUUUGGACUUGUUUAAAAUUAAAGUUUCGUUUUGAAACUGUAGAAGUUUACCUCACGUGAAUAUAUCUUCUCGCUGCCACCCCUUAGAUAAUGGUAUGGGCCAUAAUCGGUGUACAGGCACUCAGGAACGUCCUGUGGCCCAUGGAUUUUUGCGAGACAAGUUACACCAGCUGCGCUUCGAGAGUUAAAACUAAACUGCGUUUUCCCGAUUUUUCUCCAAGGAGUGAUCUAAAAAAAAUGGAUCAGAUUUAGGGAAUGAUCGACAAAGUAAAUCACAAACCCCCAAAUCGGCCAAUUUUGGCAAAGUGCUGUAAAUGUAAAUCCUACCUUUAAGGGAUACAAAGGCACCAAUAUGUUUUCAGUCAGGUUCUUGGUGCCCUUUGCACACUUUUCUUGCUCGUGCCAAUUCUAUUUUUCCACCUAUCGGUACUUCAAUCUCCUACUGGCAAGUUGCCCAUUGAGACCAUUUGUAGGUAGCCCAUCUUUACAAUCCUGAAACCUUGUAUGUGUCCGUACCCAGAUACCUCAUUCAGUAAGGAGGUGCUGUGGGAGGUUGUAUGACAUGUCUUCUUGGAUCCCCUAAGGAGCAGUCUCUUCAAAGUUGGAUCUAAGGAAUGAACCCUUGGAAUCAUUUUCCCAACUUGUUUUAUUAAAUUGAUCCAUAGUUUUAUCUCAUGAUCAAUUUGUGUCCAAUUGAUCAUUAAGUCGAUAGACGUUUUUAAGUGUCAUUAAACUAAAGUGCAGUUUUUGGUAGAUACUCCACCGAAAAUUAUGUUUUUGACCUUUUUCAGAAUAAACAUCCAUGUUUAGCAUUUGAAGCCACACUGAACACCGUCCCUGUAGAUGUGUUUCUUCAGAGGCAGUCGAACCAUUUUAGAACUGUUUAUCUUACAUUUAUUAUGUGCCAGCCGAGAUAAUCAUCUCGUCAGAGCUACAUGUGCUGCUUAGAAGAAAUGAAAUACCCUCGAAGUUGAGGUCAUGUCCAUAACCAGAAUUGCUGCGUUCCUGUCUUAUAGUACCUCCUUGUUCAGGAGGAGUUUACAAGGACUUUUUUGCCAUUGGAUCACAAAGAAACUUGAUAUAGUCCACCUGGUUGAUUUCAAGAACACUCCUUGAAAUGGAAAGUGUCAUGGAAUAUCGACCAGACAUUGGAUGUAUUUAUUCCCGAAAUCUACGAGUUUGGUUAUGUUUACCUGCUGGUGGUGAAACGUUUUCUUCCACGCAAUCUCACUGUGUUCCAUUCCGUUCUGAACAAUGAGUACAAAUGGUGCCUUCAGAUUUCAUGCAGUUCCAACAAUUUUGUCCCAGCGUGCACAUUUCAGAGCAUUUAUGCGCUUCUUAGGUGGUUGUUGACGGUUUGGAGUCUCUGAAGUCGGUUGGAUCUGAUCAAAGAAUCCCCCGAUCUCUGUAUCUUUAAUUUUAUGCUGCAAUUUUAUUUCUAGCACAUUUCAUAUUUUAACAUACCUGUUUCGUUAAUGAAUUGAAGGUGUUUAGUAAUAACCCAUGUACACUUCUACCAAAACCUCACAGUACCCUGACUGUGAGGUCAUGGACAUGAAAGAAGUGGUGUGCAGAAAUAUUGAACUCAUUCAUGAAAAACGUGAGAAAACACAUGGAAUAUAAGGUGAGCAGUUUAUGGCUGUUCUUGACAUCCUUUUCAAUCAGCUCCAAUGAAAUGCAUUUUCCCUAAAUGUAUUACGUACUACAGUGCUAAAUGAUUUUGUACAUUAGUGUGAAGUGUGUGAAAGUAAAUGAAGUUCUCAAUACCAAUGAAAGGCAAUAAACACGUGAGUCAUCGUUAUGGUCGUCUUUACGAAUUCUCAUAUUACCAUCCCUCGUCCCCCAACAUCAGAUGGAAACUAUGUUUAGCAAUCAUUUCUGCCAAUAUUCUGGUACCUCACGUUUCAUUUGUUUGGCAACUAGUCUCCGUGUUCACGUGAUUAGUGGCCUUUGUAGGCGUGUUUUCAUAAUCUCCACUGACGCCAUUAGGAACGAAACAAAAUUACAGUAUCUGAGGACAUGGCUUCAGAACAUCUGCCCAUCUAUGGACCUCCGCCGCUUGGAGGACGAAACUGACGGUGCCGUUAAUCAGUAAGAGGGACGACCUCAGGCCCUGCCUGAUGAAAAGAUGUUCCGCACCUGUUCCGAUAUCACAACAUUCAGAAAUUACCAGUCUAUGACAUUUAGACUUAUGCACUAGUAAAACCUGUAAUAAAGUUUCAUUACGGGGUCUUUGAUCUGAAGCCAUGUACGUCGGAGGGUCUGUCCCCUCCCCCCCCCCACAAAAUCUACUGGGUUUGACCUUUUCUUGGUCAAUCUCACAAUCUCAUUGCAUCUCCAUCUGUCUGCGGUGUGUUAUUAUUAACCGACCUGUCGCCUACGCAACUCAUAUGUGUGUCUAUUUUUGGAAGUUUGCCAAUCCAUCCAAAGUCUGCUCCCUGCAUGAAAACAGUUUCCUGGGAGCCUGGGAUUUUGUUGUGUGAAUAUUAAGCUCAAGACUUUGCUUUAGUCGCCAAAAUAAAAAAAAAUGUUGAAUAAAACCUCGGAAAUAUCAAUGA